GAACGACUGGGAAGUUUAUGCCUUGAGAGCAGGAUGGACUGAUCGGGAAGCGAUAAUGGGAUUCAUUAAUCAUACCGAUCUCAAACUAGACAAAGACGUGCGUGCUGCUAUACCCGAGGAUUGGAAGUGGGCAACUUUCAGAGAACGAUUGUCUCGAGCUUUUGCAUGUGACGACAUCUUCUACUCGAUCGAGGACUUAAAGGAGAUGAAGAAGGAGGAAGGAGAGACGUUAGUGGCAUUUGCGAGACGCUUUGAGACGGCAUCUGAACCAUUGAUAGAAAAUGGGUUUCUCGGUGAGAUAGAACGAUGCGGCAUAUUCAUGGGGACUCUGCCUAUCGAGAGAAGAGAGUUUGUUAUGGAGAGCAUGCCUACUAAAUGGGUGACGUUCGCUCAGACAAGGGCAUUGGCUUUGCAGACUGGGGGACCGGAUGCCAAAACUCAUCUACGUAGGGUGUUGGAGAAACUAAGGAAAGGAGUACCCGGAAGUCAUUUAGAAAAACAAUUCAGUGAUGAGGAUGGAAGAGAGUUCAUGCCGCCUGACAAAAGUAAAGUAAGUAGAGAUAGUGGGGAAUGGAAAGGAGGAAAACGUGGCAACUGGAAGAAGAACGACGGAUAUUUAGGGAGAAAUCUGGUGCCGAGUGUCAGGUUUGAGGAGGACCGGAAUACAAGUGAGGAUGAGGAGGAAGAUAUACGUUGUCGAAUUUCCACGGACUCCGAGAUGGGUAUUAGCAACGUAGUGAGGACAGCAGAAGAGCCAGAGCAGGGAGAGUUCUGGGUAUCUAGUGUCCAAUUUGAGGAGGACCCAGACCCGAAUGAUAGUCUGACGGUUGGGGUUUCGAGUAUUCGGUUUGAGAGUUGCGAGGAGGAUUCUGACCCAGCUCUAGUGUGUGCUAAGGAAGUGAGUGAGGAAUCAGAAGAAAAUGGAGCCGAUAAUAUUAGCCUUGAUAUUAAUAUUUCGCUGAAGGGCGAAGAUCCGAGGGUUAUGGAGGGGGCAUUGGCAGAUCGAACCACGACAAUGAAGACGAUAACGAUAGAUGAAGAACGUGAAGACUUGAAACGUACUGAAGAAGCCCAAGAUGAGUUGAUAGAGGAUCAAGAUGAGAAAAAUCUCCUCGGCGAAGUUGUAGGCGCCAAAAUUUCACAAGCAUUUGAAGUCAUGAAUGAGCCAGACAACAGCUAUGAGCUUGUGCGACUGUUUGAGACCGUCGAGUCGGACGACAACUAUGAGCUUGCGCGACUGUUUGAGACCGUCGAGCCGGACAACAGCUAUGAGCUUGCGCAACUGUUUGAGAUCGUCGAGCCGGACGACAACUAUGAGCUUGCGCGACUGUUUGAGACCGUCGAGCCGGACGGAAACUAUGAGCUUGCGCGACUGUUUGAGAUCGUCGAGCCGGACGACAGCAAUGAGUUUGCGCAAUUGUUUGAGACCGUCAAGCCGUACGACAGGUAUGAGCUUGCACAACUGUUUGAGACCAUUGAUAUGACCGGAAACGAUGUUGGGAAUAGUGUUAAGACAGUUGCGAGCCAAAAUCUGGAAACUAUGAAAGAUAUUGGAAAUUUCAUAAUGGAUCAAAGCACGACUGUGAAUGUUGAACGAGAAUCGGAUGGCGGCCUUUUGGAAGGUCAAGACUAUGGGAUUCGACUUCCAUCUGACCAAGAAGGCCGAGGAAAAACCAUCGUGGAGGUUAAGUCUAUUGAGGAUGCUGACCAUCUUAGAAGCAUGCCAAGAGGAUUUAAGGAACUGUCAGAACUCAAGGAAGGACUCCAAGUGAAAGAAUCCGUUAUUGACGACAAUGAUUCGGUCAAGACUGAAAAUUGGGUCGCGGGAUUUCCACUUGGGAUAAGGGUGCGAGCCUUAACUUCGGCAUCUUACUUGGCAUAGCUGAUCGUCUCAUUACGUUUGAUCUUUAUGGUGGCGCGAGGGGUGAACUAUGGUCCUUAUGGGUCUGUAGAAGCCUGUCAUGCAAUGCCUUUCCUACAAGACCCUCCCUCAUACUCUUUCAAGUCUUAAUGAUUGGGUGGAAAAUGGGUGCAAGGAGGGGAAGGAUGCUCGUGAACGGAGGAGGUAAAACUCGGAAGUUCAAAGGCCUGAUGUUUGAAGAAGGAGGUACUUUAGCAUUUAUCAAACUGAUCCUGCCGACUAAGCGUGUGAGCAAAAGUAAAUUAUACUUCCACAA